AUUUUCACGCCACGUAUAGGCAAUCAGUUUGUUGUUAAAUUUUCAGUGUGUAAUAAUCUGAUUUCCACAAAAUGUCUGUAAAAAUGUCCUUUAAAAAUAACAGCAUCAAGAGUUCAGAGCUGGAUCCCACGGCAUCCAACCGCUCCAGCUUAUUACUGGACGAGGAGGCAAUGAAGCAGCUGCGCGAUCAUUGGAGCGAUUAUAUCCUUAGCCUUCCCAAGACGCCUUUCGAAUUGCAGCUGGCCAAAGCUCGGGCGGAUCGAGCCCUUGAUUUGGUCAGGGGCAAGCAAAAGGCAGUCGUAAAGCAGGGCCCCUCCACUCCGAAACGCAGCCGCCGUCCCCUCACAGAUAUGCACAACUCGCCACGUACCACCAGCCGGAUGAAGCAAGUUCUCGAGACCCUAAUGCGACCCGCCAAAAUUAAGGAGUCCGAAUCGCAGUACAACUUGUGUCCCCAAUGCGGCCUUGUCAAGGAUUCGGUUUUCAAUCACGAACACGCCGAGAGUAGACUUCAAAAGUUGUUUGAGCAGCAUCCCUGCUUGCUUCCCAAAGGACGGAAUAGAAAGUGGCCGAGGUAUUUGCGUGUGCUAUAACUAAAAUAGUAAACGUUUUCCAAGGAAGAGGUAGCAUUCAAGGUGUUUAAGUUGAAAUUAAUAAUAAGUACAAUCCUGUACUAA